UGCAACGUCGCGCUCGACGACCUCUCCCACCCGGGCGUGCGCCGGCACUUCCGGACGCACCACGCCGACGCGGGCGCGCGCGGCACGCAGAGCGAGUGCCGCUGGGGCCCGUGCCGCGCGGAGAAGAUGCUGUUCGAGAACAUCCCGAAGCACAUCGCGGAGUGCCACCUGAAGAGCAUGAAGGAGCACUGCGAGCACUGCGGGAACGCGUUCGCGCGCCGGGACACGCUCCGGCGGCACAUGAACACGGGUUGCCCCGUGCUC